CCCUCUCCGCCUCCUCCUCGCCCUCCUCCUCGCCCUCCUCCUCAUCCUCCUCGCCGCGCCGCCGCGUCUCCCGGCACUCUUCGUCGUCUCCCGCACGCUCCGUCGUCCCGCGUGUGGCCUCGGGUCGUGGCACAGGAAACCGAUGCCGCACGGAAAACCUUAAGCGGCGCCAGCCCGACAGCUCGGGACGGAGGGAGGUGGAGGAGGUGGUGGAGGACGGGGAGAGAGCGGCAUGGGGCAGUGCGUGGAGCGGUGCAGGCGGGACUCCCGUGAUUCUCCACAGACGCGAGACAAAAAUGGCAAGGGCGUUGGUGGUGGCGCGGUGUCGGGAGGCAAGCUGGCGUCACAGGGUGGUGGCGCUGCCAGCCCGGCGGAACGAGCGCCGUGCCCUGACAGAGGCGUGGGCACGGCGCCCUCGCGUGGAGUUCCGUCAUGUAAAGAUCCCGGAGAAUAUCCGACAACGGACACCAAAGAUGGAGCAGAAAGCGUGGGGAUUAAGGUCGAGUCGGGCGUUCUCAUCUCUGCGCUGGAGGAGCAGGAGUACUCGGAGCAACGCAUCGCCGAGAUGUUCCUGCGCUACCGCGACGCCCGGGAGGACGCCGUGCUCGCCGAUGGCAUGGAGCGGUUCCUUGCCGAUCUCCACGUGGAGCCCGCAGACUUCGUAGUGCUGGCGCUCGCGUGGAAGUUCCAGGCCGCCACCAUGUGCCGCUUCUCCAGGGAGGAAUUCGUGGGAGGUUGCCGAGCACUGCGUGCCGACAACACCAAAGCCAUACAGACUCGCUUUCCCGAGCUCAUGUCCGAGGUGCAGACGGAGGAGAACUUCAAGGAGCUCUACCGCUUCACCUUCAACUUUGGCUUGGAUGCCGAGGAGGGACAGCGUGCGCUGCCAUGCGAGAUGGCGAUCGCGCUGUGGCGGCUGGUGUUCUCCCAGGAUCCACCUCACAUCCUGAGCCGCUGGCUCGAGUUUCUGUCGGAGAACCCAGCGGGCAUUCGUGGAGUGUCGCGCGACACGUGGAACAUGUUCCUCAACCUGGCGCAGACCGUCGGCUCGGACCUGAGCUCCUACAGCGAGGACGAGGCGUGGCCCAGCCUCUUCGACGCCUUUGUCGAGUGGGAGCUGGAGAGGAGGCGGCGAGAAGAGAGCGGCGGCGGGACGUUGCCCGGCGGGCUUGACGAUGGGGGUGGCGAUGACGAAGGCGACGACGAAAAGCGGGAAGAUUGUGUCGUGGGCGGAAAAGCCGACCCUUCAGGCAUUGGCCUGCAGCAGGGAUGAGCUGCAUCAGGGAAGGUCUGUUAUUCCAUUGGUUGUCCUCGAUUGCGGAAAUUACACGCGGAGGAGAGGAAGUUAAAAACAACCGUCCCUUUACACAAACGUGGCGCUGUCGCACAGGUUACACUACACACGGUGGGUUUUCAGUGGCGACGGUACCAUCGGGGCAAGGCGUAAGGCCGCCCCUUUGGCACCGCCGGGUUCCCCCGUGUGUCCUUGCACUGCCCAUGUGGCCACGAUGUCCGAAUUCCCGGGUAGACGCCCUUCACCGCAGAAGCGCAGACGUGUCUCGUCCCUGUGCUCACAAAUGCAGUUCCACCACUUGGUGCUAAGUGACCAAUUUGGACAAAGGCAUGAGGAUAAUACAAACGAAAUUGUCCUUUGUAAUUCUUUAACGAGACGUCCGGCUUGCAAUGGCAGCCGCAGGCGCAGACCGCAUGUCUGUAUAAGUAACAAACAUUUUGCGAAGAACCGUUUGAUUUUUAUUUUUACUGUGUUGCGAGACGAUGUUGCAUCGGAGUUAAUUUUUCUUGAAACCUCAAAAUACCAAAAGUGGCCAUCAGGAACUAAAAGUGCUCGCCGAAAGGAAUCUGUCCACAAAUCACUUGCGUUUGAUGGAAUUUGAACGCAGUAAAGUGACAUGCAGUUGAUUGCAAUUUUUCCCCUUUCCUUUUAAAAAACACUUGGCUUGUGGCAUUUUUGCCGAAGCCACGCACUAGAGUGGGGGACAUUUUUACCCACGAGUGAUUCUCUCUCACUGCAAAUGUGAAGUUGCACAUAUGCCUUCGAAGGUAUGCAGGUUGACAGCUUUUGUUUUUCGUAGCAUAAAUGUACAUUGGCUGGAUGUUGAUAGUGCACAUUGGAGGAGAGUUUGUGCUUCGCAGUUGGCGCAUGGUGGCGAGUGUUAAGGGUUUUUGACCGUUUUUUGCUGGAUUUUGUUGUGCACGCCACGAGUGGCGAUCUGGGCUUGCAGAGUGUGGCCGGGGCUGGGUGCCGAAUCGGCCACACAGUUUACGAUUUUUAUGUCCCCAGGUGCGUUUCUAAACCUGAAUGCACAUGUUUUGUAUGCGAGACUGUUUUGCUGUUGCUGGUGUGUUGGUGGCGGCGGAUGCUGCCGUGUUAAACUUGAACUUUGUAUUGACGUUAAGCAUUCUUUUUUUUUGUGUCGCUUAACGUCGCUGUUGGCUUGUGUAGAAUUCACGUCCCAAAUUGAGUUCGAGAAUUAAACAAGAAAAAAAAAAAAAACCUUGAGUAAAAGUCCAGCCGCACUGUUCUUUCAUAGGUUUUUGUAUUUAUAUUUAUUUUUUAAUAUAUUUCACGUUGUUUGAAAUUCUGAUUGACCUAACGAGUCCAUUGUCUUUCUUGCCUCUGCAAAAAAAACCAUCAGCACAUUUGUACUUUCCCUACUUGUAGCUCUGAGGCUUCCACAGAGGCAGGUUUGAGGUCAGGUUAAAAUUCCUCAUGCGAUUUUGUUAAGCGAUUUUUGUUGUUGUUGUUGACAACACAUUAUAGUGGGGUCGGCAAUGUCCUCAGUUGGUCUCCCUCUGACUUGAUGUUCAGUGCUUCUCACGAACAUCCGAUUGCAGAACCAACAAAUUAACUGCAAAAGUAAUUGAGUACCACUCACUGUGCUGUCCAAGAGGACUUCUAAUUUGCCCAGUUCUCUCCUAGAUGCUGCUAGCCUCUCACUGACCCUGCCUUUGUCCAGCCUUUUCCCCUCUUACUCUCCUUUUAUUUUUCAAGCAAUACUUUGUGUCCUGUGGGCCCUUUCUUUUAUUGCCUGUCCAGUGACCUCAGCGGUUCAUGCCCAGUUGUGUUUUUUUGGCUUCUGUUCCAUCGUGCGUCACGGACGAGAUGGGGGCAUGAUAUGAAGGGAUUGCGCAGUUUUUUUGUACAGAUGAUAUUUUGUUGCCAAGGAAGAUCACUUUAUACCAUUAAAUGUUUGUAUUUUAUAUACCUGUUUCUCGUGUGGAUUCUUUCAUCGUUCCAAAUGUGUUUUUGGUGGUAUUUGCCACAGGGGUGCACCUCCAUGCUGAGACAUCUGUCCUGUCAGC